AUGAAGGUGAUUGUAAUGGGUGGUGUAGUUGUAAUAUAAAAAUAUUCCAUCUUGUAUUUAUAUGAACUUUUUCAUCAAAAUAAACUUUUUUGUGUUAAAAAACUGGAAAGCAACAAUAAACUUUGUGGAAACCAUAACAUACAUUUAGUGUUGUUGCUGUAGUUCUAAACGGACAAGAUUAUUAAAUACGACUGAUAAUCUUACAAACUGAAAAUUUAGUCUUGGAAGGGCAAAACAACACUUUCAAUCACAUUGUUUGGACAGUAGUUUGUUUCAACGAUUUAAUCUCAUGUUCAAACAAACUCUUUACAAAAUAUGCAUCUUUCCUGAGUGAAGUUGUAUCUGCUUUGAAAACAACGUUGACCCUACUUACACCAAUUGGGAACACAUUGGAAGACUUUUUCCAACAAUGGAACUGACAGUGGCCUGCGGGAUGGAGACCAAUAUCAGAUGGUUCUAAAUGGAGGGUGUAUCGAGAGUCUGGUUAUUCCCUACUGCAAUCAAAAUGUGGAUUUGACAAACUACCCUAAUAUGGCAGGAAAAGCAGUCCUUAUUUGUAGGCCGAAUUCACAUCCUUUUGUGGAUCGUACUUUGAUUCUUGAACAACCUGUCAAAAUUGGACGGUCUGUUGCAAGAGCAAGGGCUUCUCAAACAAAUGGAAUAUUUGAUUGCAAAGUGCUCUCUCGUAAUCAUGCUCUCAUUUGGUACAACAAUGGAAAGUUUUAUCUUCAAGAUACAAAAUCAAGCAACGGAACAUUUGUUAACAACCAAAGACUUAGCAAGUCUGGGGAGGAGUCUCUGCCCCGUGAAGUGAGCAGUGGUGAUAUUGUUCAGUUUGGAGUGGAUGUUUUAGAAAACACGCGUAAAGUUACCCAUGGCUGUAUUGUGGCAAACUUGAAACUAUAUCUUCCUGAUGGCAAGGAGUCCAAAGCUAGUCCUUCAACAUCUGUACUGAGUGGCAUCGGCAAUGUGUCCAUUGAAGACCUUUACCAGCUCAAUCAGCACAUUCAGGAAGCACUGCAGAGAGAGCAGAUACUGCAGACCAAGUUGGGAUCUCUGCAGCAACUUGUGUUGUCUCUCAGACAGGCUGCAGACCUAGGAUGGAAUGCUCUCAUAGCCGAGGACAGAUUACUCUCAAGAGUUGAAAUAUUAGAGAAUCAGCUACAGACAUAUGCCAAGAAUUUUCCGGAAGACAAACUGCGUGAAGAACUGCGUAAAUUGCAAGAAGACAAGAGUACAUACCAAGGACUGGCUAAAGAAUGUCUGCAGAAAGUUUUACAAGAAAAAUUGGAAGCCAUUCACAAAUGCCAAAACAUGGAGAGGGCUCUAAUGAAUGCUGAGGUAGAUGUUACAAAUCUGAAUCUUACUGCGGAAAAAAGACGUGAAGAUUUGCAAGAACUGGCGAUCAAGCACAACUCCCAGUAUCUUAAGACAGUAGAACUGCAAAAUAAGUUACAGGAAACCGAGGAGUCUCACAAAGAAGCGUUGGCAAAGAUAGAGGCAGAAAACGAAGAGUUGGCGGCAGAGGUGAAACGGUUGAUAGCCAACGAGGCUGUGAUGCAUGAGAAGAUAGAACAGCUGGAAGUGUCAACGGGUCGCCAUCUUCUAGGCUUCCAGUCGCAGCUGCAGUUCAACAAGUCGCCAGAUAUCCAUGACCACCUUUCCUCCCUCAAAGAGCGCAAUGGGAGCACUGCCGAUGUCAUUUGCAAAAAUGAUGAAGACGAAGAGCUAAAAGAUGAAAAUCAAAAGGAUGUUUCUAACUCGAUGGACUCUUUAGUAAAUCGAUUAUCAUUAGCCCUCGAGGAACAGAAAAGAGCCAAAGAACUUGCAGACCUUAUUCAAGCUCAAGCAACACUGCUUCAAACGGAAAAAAUGUCAAAGUUGCAACAUGUUAAUUCACUAGAAGCUGAACUUGAAAUUCAUGUAGAUAAAAUGUGUAAAUACAAAGAAGAAAAUAGAAAACUGGAGCAAACGCUUCUCUCCUUAGAGCAGAGAUUAAAAGAUGAAACCCUGAACAAAAGUGAAAGUGAAACAACAUUGAUUGGAAGUGUGAAGAUGAAUGGUAGUGGAGAAAGACUGUCUAAUGGACCUCACACUUCCUGCAUGGAGUCUCUCUCAGCACAGAUUGAGGAUAUCAAGGAAGCGUUUAAAGAGUCAAGAAGUAAAAUGGAAGCUAUGGAACGAACGAUUGACUUAUUACAAGUAGAUUUGAGCAAUGCGAAAAAGAACUUCAGCGAAACUACGAACAACUGGCUUCUGCAAGAUGAGAAAUUACAGGAGGCUCAGGCUGUCAAAGAAGAGGCUGAGACAACUGUCAAUGUUUUACGUGAACAGCUGAAAACUCUGGAGAACUCACUUCUGCAACUAAAACUUCAAGAAAAGUUGAUUGAAUCAGAAUCAGAACACGCCAACAAGCACAAAGAAGAAGCCACGCUGUUGAGAAAACAACUUCAAGAAGCUCAGCAGAUAGCAAAACAAAAUAAAAAUGAGGCGGAACUGAUCAGGGAAAGGUUACGAGUCGUCACUGAGGAAUUGGAGAUGUCCAGGUCACUUUCUGACAGCAACUCAGACAGCCAGCUGGACAACAAAGCAACAGAAGAGCUUGCUGCUGCUCGAUUGGAAGCAGCGUCACUUCAUGCUCAAGUUGUCGCCCUAGAAUCUCAGAUCAAAAAGUUGAAGGUUGAGAGCAGUCAGAAGCAACAAGAGGUGACGGAAGCCAGCCAGUCAGGGACCAAGUCAGACGACGCCGAGGCCAUAGUUCACAAGCUGCGACUCAGGAUCGGUGAGUUGGAGGAGGAGUUAGUUUUGGUGAAGGAGAAGUACAUGGCUUGCAAUGAGAAGAACACCCAGCUCAACAAAGAACUGGCUACUCUCAGGCAAGACUAUGAUGCGGUCGUGCACCAGCCUUACUUUAACGUGGUGUUUGCACUGCCGCUGGUGGUGUUGUUCAUCGCCAUGACCAUCGCCUUCCAUCCAACUCUGGCGCCUCUCAUGGGUACCUCGGACUCUUAACUCGACCUCAGUGCCUUGCCCCACGCACCACGCCGACCCCGGCUCCAUUGUCUCUAAUGCUUAUCACCGUUAUCAUUACAAAGUAGGAUAGUUUAGACGAUAUAUUUUAUAACAAUAUUCGAGCUUAUGAUUUUGCAAAUUGAAAACGUGUUUCUGAUCUUUUUAUCUACGGAGCGCACAUGUCAGUGUAUAUGUACUGCCACAAAAUUACCUGGAAACCUUUACAAUGUAUACAGAGCCCUUAAAAAAAUGUGCCACGCAUUUUGCUAAACGUGUGAUAAGUGACUACUGUACAUACUAUAAAUUAUAUAAAUAUUAUAAAUAUAUAAAUAAUUUAUCGAAGUACGAGAUAAGUUUAAACCUAGAUUUCACUGUGUCACGGAUGAUAUAUAGUCAUCAAUCACUACAAUAUAAAUAAUUUUUUAUUUAGUUUUUGACUAGUAAAUGGGUAGUUUAAGCAAUAAAGUUAAAAACAAAAAGUCUUUUAAAAAUCCUCAACGUGGCAGUUUUGUACACAUGUGAAUUUAGGUUUUUGUCGUACGAUGUAUAUAAACUUCUCAAUUUGAUUACAUGAGCUGUCUGACUACAAUGAGUGGUAAUAUGUGUCGAGCUUAUUUUGUUAUACUGAUUCCUUUAUACUGUAUUUAUUAUUAUUUCAUGGCACAGCAAUAUAUUGUUAUCUGUAUCAUCUGUUAUAUAUCUAGUCAAGGACUGGCUAUACACACGUAUCUUCUGUAUUUAAAAAAUCCAAACGCAAACUUUUUACAAUUUAUUGACAUUAUAUGUUUUUUCUUUUAUAAACGACCAAAAAUCAAAAUGUUUGAUUGAAUUUAAAAUAUUUAAAAAAAUCAUCAGUAGUUUACUUUCAUGAUUUUAAAAUCUUUACAUACAAGAGAUCCACUGCAGUUAAAUAUAAUAUGUGUUUACGAUAGAUGGACUGCUUUAGCAAAAACAAUCAACAUACUAUUACCAUAUAUUUAAAUUAAUUUUUGUAGCUUUGGGUGUAGAUUAGAACUUUAUUUUUAUUUUAUUUAUAUGUCCAAUCCAGGAUGUUUACUAAUACAUAAAAGUAUGCGCUGUAAACAUUUUCAAAUCUAUACUAUCAAAGUAUUCACAAAAUUUAACACAGUUUCAUCCCUGCACCUAUUUAUUUGUAGUCUUAGCUAAAAUAAUGCAAACCAUUUCAAACAAUGAGGGUUGUAGUAAAACACUAAAAGAUAGAUUAUAUUGAUAAUACUUGUUAUUUCUCAGUUAUUUUCAUUUUUAACGUUGAUAGAUUUGGUUUUGCUAAUACUUUUACUUUCACUACAGAAAUUCAACUUUUUUAUUUUCACCUAACUUUAAUUAUUAUAUAAGCUACACAUGUUCAUAUUUGUUAUGAAUAAUUUAAUUGUUUCAUUUUUUAAGUAUCAUAUUCUCAUGUUUAGCAUUUUGAACACUAAUGUAUAUUACACAAGGACCACAACUGAUCAAUUAUAUAUUCCUAGAAUCUCAUAUUUUCUUUGAUUGUUAUACUGCUUUUUUACUUUAUUCUAUGCCUACUAAAGACAUUUUUGUAUCAAUAAACUGUAGGUCUCAGUUUGUAGCUAAUAGAACUGGACUAGCGAUGUGGAUUAUUUUAAACCGUAGAAGUAGAAAAGAAAGUUAAACCAUAUGAGGGUCAGCAGCUAUCGGUAUUUUGAUUCAUGUAUAAAAUUAGUUGUUUUGCCUUUUGUAUUUUGUGUGCCAAAUUCGUUUGCCAUGUCUUUCCCAACUGACGCAAUCUGCAUUUAUGUGUUGUUACCAUUAAUGUGUCAGUUAUUUUUUCCUCCAAUGGACAAUGAAACUACUACACCCCUCUUUCGUAAUAUUUUAUUUUACUAAUACAUUUUUAAUAAGAAUACUGAUAGACCUUAUCUUUUUGGAAACUCAGGUUUUGGUAAGUGAAUAAAAAAAGUUUGUUGAUUAUAGUGUUAUUAUUUUGUUAUUAAUUUUUAACGUGAUCAUCUAUGUAAUAGAAAAAUCAAGGCACUUUACGCCAAGUAGAUUAAAAUUUGUAUGACUACUGUUUAUUUCAAUAUGUGAGUACGUCUCAAUCGAAGAAACGCUUUCACUAAUUUGUAAGUCAUUUAGGAAGUAAGAAAAUCUGUUACAGUGUUGUGUAAGUAAGUUGUAGAGGAAGAAGUGAGGAUAGGACUGUACCUUUGUUUUUUCUUAUUGUUGUUAAAAGUAAGUUAAUUGCAUCGGUCAUACCGAAUCAAUUAAAAAAAGUUAUUAUUUAUUUCAAUAUUGUAAUUAGUAUUUAGAUGUAAUCAUUUGUUAAUUAUUCUCCUAUAUUCGUUUCUGUUGUAUCUGUUUAUCUCUAUUUAUUUGAUAUUUUGUUUUAUACUAUGCUGUUUAUUUAAAAAAAAACUAACAAAACUGUUUAUUAAGUCAGAGGUUUUAGCCAUAUUACCUUAUUACACUUGAAACCGUUUGGAAAUUUUGUACUUUGUAUGAAUAGGAUUGUGUCACCGUGUUGUUGUAUUCUUCUUGUUGUCAUGUACUAUUGAUUAACUUGGAUAUAUUGUCAAAUUGUUUCCCAUUUGAAACAUUAAAUAUUCUAAUAAACUGCCCUAAAAUUA